ACGCAGAAGCCGAACCAGAGAGUUAGAAGUGUGUAAACGAAUAAGUCGCAAGGUGUCUUCAUCGAAUUUGCUCGUGAAAUCGGAAAGAAAGUCACCAUGUCUGAUAGAAAGGCUGUGAUAAAAAAUGCUGACAUGGCUGAAGACAUGCAGCAAGAUGCUGUUGACUGUGCCACACAGGCUCUGGAGAAGUACAACAUCGAGAAAGAUAUUGCUGCUUUCAUCAAGAAAGAGUUUGACAAAAAGUACAACCCAACCUGGCACUGCAUUGUUGGACGCAACUUUGGGAGCUAUGUAACUCAUGAAACCAAGCAUUUCAUUUAUUUCUACCUUGGACAGGUUGCCAUCCUGCUCUUCAAAUCAGGCUAAACACCAGAAUGAUGUUGACUGAAAUUAAGCAGAAGUGUUUUCCUUGACAUCUUUUAUUCCACAGCUGAAAUUUCUGAAAAAAAUCCUCCAUCUGUAAUCUGUGUAAGGUUGAAUUAAGAAUACUUGUUUUUGAAAUCAAAGUGUUUCUUCGUGAAUGCAAAUUCACAUUUUUGCCAAAUGUGUUUUACUGUUGAUAUUACAGAGUAGAAGUUUUUAAUUUUGAUAUCAUUGUGAAGAAACACAGAUCUUACAUUGACAGUUUGACAUUUUUUUCAUUGAAGUUGACAUCAUGAGUUCAAAAGAUUCAGCAUUAGACUAAGAACAGUUAACAAAUUGACCAAAGAAUACAUUUGUUAAUGUGCAUGACAAAACUUUUAUGUAAGUAUGUUUUUGUUUGUGGUUGGGAUGAUGAUAGGUUUGUUGUGAUUCAGGUAUGUUGCAUAUCAAAGUAUAAUGAACCUUUGUGGUUUGUAUAAAUUUGUGAAAGAAAUGUUAGGUUGAUUAGUGAGUUUCAUUCAUGCGAGAUGUUAGUAAAUACCAAAGACCAGUUGAAUGUCAAGAUAUUGUCCCAGUCCCAAUAAGUGAUGCACCUGUGUGCUUUAUUUUUUAUUAAUUGUGCCAACUCUGCAUUUAGGGUUUUUUCUUUGUUCAACAAUAAUUCCAUUUUGUGUGAAGUCAUCUGUGUAAUUGUUUGUACUAUUAUUUAAUUUGGUGCUUUAAUAUUGAGUGUAUUUUACAAAGUCUAAAUAAACUGUUGUUACUACAAA